AUGAGUCAAGCUCUUGAAUUCUUUGUUGGUACAUUGUCCAUUGCAAAGUGUAUUGUGAUCCUUGUUGUUCCUCUGAUACUCAUGUAUACCUGUCAUCAAGUGCAUGGAAAACAUUUUGGCUCUCCCAGGGGUAAGUAUACACCUCAGGAGCCAGGGUAAAUUAUCAUAAAUUAUUAAUCAUUAAUAAUUUAUGAUAAAAAAUAAAAAAUAAUUAUUAUUUUUCCUUAGCACCAAGAAUCAUAUUUACCCAAAAGAGCAUUGCAUAUUAAAUUUUUGAACUUGUUAGUGAGGCAGUUGUAACACGCUAGUUACUCAUUCUUUCUUUCUUUUUGUUUUUUGCCGAAAGAUACAAAAAAAGAUACAAACUAGAUAAUGACGACAACUAAAGAAUUAGGAAGAACAUGUUUUUAUAAACAUUUUUAACCAAGCAAGUGGGAGCUCAUUCAAAGCAGGCUGGGUGUUAAGGGAGUGGGCGACGGGACCUUAUUAAAAUAAUUUUUUAUGACAUGGAGAUAGAGUAGCUUAAUACUGCCCAAGUGGAGAAGAAACUCAGAUGACUGGUGCAAAGUUUGAGAAAUGAUAAAGCAAGAGAAUUGGCUACAAACAUCCUUAUCCUGUUGUUAUGAUUUACUAUGUCACUAGUUCAGAGUUCAACUUUUUGGUCGUAGUAAUGUAAGUGUCCAACUGGUUUGCCUUCCACAUGUUUGCUUGCAGAUGUUAGAAGAGAGAGAAAGCCUACACAUAUCCCUCUAUUGCAUAUUGGAGUUUUAAUGUGUUCUGUUUGCUUUGGGUUAUUUGUUUCUGAUUAUAUUCUCGCUGCAGUUAUUUUAAACAGUCCAGAUCUGCAACUAUGGGCAAUUUAAGGCUGAUUUUCACUAGCGAAGGAGUUGGAGUCGGAGUCGUAAUCAGAAGCGUAAAACUUUACGAUCUUGUAAAAACAGCGUUCUGAUUCUUCUGAUUCCGCUUACGUCACUAUUACGACUCCGUCGUUUACGAUCAACUGAAAACUGGGUCGUCGGAGUUACAAGCAGAAGCGGAACAGUUACUAGACUUUCUGAUUUAACUUUCAACUUUUAUUUAAAUUCGUAAACCAAUCACAAAGCGUGGGAACGUGCAUUGUGAUUGGUUUAUCCUUCCGCUCCUGCUUCCGACUCCGACAAUCUGAUUUUCACUUGAUCAUAUUAAGCGGAACGUAAGCGACGGAGUCGUAAGCGGAGUCGGAGAAAAAAGGAAACGUUCAGAUUCUGCUGACUCCGAUUCCGUCGCGCCUAUGACGAGUCCGAUUUUUUAUUUUCACUAGGUCAUAAGCGCUAUAACGACUCCGGUUACGACUCCUACUCCGUCGCUAGUGAAAACCAUCCUUUAGAGGGAGCUUUCAGGGAUGAAAAACGAAGCCAUCCGCUACUACUAAUCAUACAUACAUAGAUACGUACCAAAGGCCUGAGAAACUCCUUUUUAACACUUGGUACAUGUUCCAUUAGGUGCUCUAUGGAUAAUAGAGUUUCUCUGUAUCUCCAUCCGUGCCUGCGCCUUUCUGAAAAUAGAGGGGAUUGUGUACAAUCUAACUUUAACCAAAUAGAAGUUUUGCUAUUUUAAGACUGUGUGCUCGGUUUACACGUUAACAAUUAACGCAACCGCCGUCUACUUUUUCAUUUCUUAGUGGCCGUAGCACGUGAACGUGUGAAUACUAAAAAGAGCAUUUCUCCCGAGAACAUAACGGAUACAGCUGAAUAUGUUGCCAAGAAACGUCGCAGACGGAAGAAAAAGGGUAGAAAAGAAAAUUCUGAUGACCAAGAACCGAACGGCGGACAUAAGGCGAGGGAGAAAAGUGCUACACAAGGCAAAGACGAGAAGUUAGUCGUGAUCAAAAUAUUGAAAAGGGAUGCAUUUAAAACUGGAGACGUUAGUGGUAAUGCUGACAAAACUGCCGCAGUUAAAGAUGUUGCAGAUGGAAGAAAGAAAAGCGAACACGUUGCUGCAAAACCCAGUGAGAGUUCCUAUACAACAGUUUCUGUUAAUGGCGUAAAAGCCGAUGAGGAAUGCGACGAAUUUGUUGGUAGAAAUGGUGGUAAGGCUUUGAGAAGUGACGACGCUGAAAGUUGUGAGUUGUUAGGAAGACAUGAAAGUAAGUCUAAAAAGGCAUACAAGAAAGAGGUUGCUUUAAAGAGUUCUACAGACAAAAAUAAAAAUCGCGACGAUUCUUGGGUUGUAACAGAGCGAAAGGAAGUCAAGGGCGUUGGCGAAGGCCCGAGAACUCUUUUCACGAAUGCGGUCUGUUUAGUGCUUGACCAGGUCGCCGAUUGUGAAAAAAAGAAACCUCGAGAAGUUAACAGCCCGCGGAACCGUAACCUAGUCUCUGAAGGCGAGAGGAAAGUUGAUCCCGCUAGAAUUGACGAUAGUAACGCAGGCCAUGAUUGGUGUAAGCAGAUACAGACGGCUACUGCUUACGUCGCUGAUAGUCACGUGACUGAUUGUAACGUGACUGACCGUCAAGAGGGACGCGCGGCACCUAGUGAGAGCCGAAACAAAGGGCGCACCUGUUGUGGUGGGUCAUCUGAAGGACAUCAGAGCUCGGCUAGUGCAAACACUCAUAACAAGACAAAGGGGACGCCUGCAAGGCGAAGAUCAUUCGAUCGUAACGCAGAGAAAAGUCAACAGCAUUUGUCUAAUGUUAACCAAGCAAGGCAAGCAGUACCUUUUGAUCAUAGCUUGGGGACGGCUCCAGGCCAGGGUAAGCUAACGGAAAAUGAUUGUCGCCCAAACCAGAGCCAAAGAAGGCGGAGAUCUUCCGACAGUACCUCAAAAGGAGAUCGUAGAGAGAGUGAGUCUCACCAAAAUUAUCGAUUUUGUGGGAACGGGAAAAGAAUACGACGAAGAUCCAUGGAUGCCGCCUCGGAAUACGAUCAGAGAGUGAGUGAGCGUCCGGAAAAUUAUCAAGAGUGCCAAGACGAGGGUCAGAGAGGAAAAAAGUCUUCGGACAGAGAUGCUACCGGAGCUGAACUUUUGGAAUGUCAGCGAGAUUGCCAGACCGAAGACCAAAAAACACGAAGGUCUUCCGAUUAUCCCACGGAGAAUAUUUCAAGAAUAAAUGACUCGCUUAAGAAACAGCAGCCGAUGGACAAUCAAAGAAGACGAAGAUCUGUCGAUUGCUUCUCAGAAAACGAUUCUCGAGGGAUUGAAGUUCCGGAAACAAACCGAGACUGUGAUGAAGAUCAAAGAAGACGAAAGGCUUCAGACAGUGACACUACAGGAAGUGAGUUUUUGGAAAAUCGCCGAAAUUUCCAAACUGAAAACCUACGAAGACAGAGGCCUUCCAAUCAUUACUCGGAAAAUGAUUCAAGGGUGAAUGGCUCGUUCAGGAAACAGCAACAUCCUGCGGAUCAUCGACGAAGACGAGGAUCUUCCGAUCGCACCUCCGAAAGUGAUUAUAUUCAAGGUGAGAUUCCAGGAGAUCCCCAACAUCGAUCUGAAAACCGAAGAAGGCGAAGAUCUUCCGAUUGCACCUCGGAGAGUGAUCCAGUACAGGGCCAGAUUCCAGAAAAUUCCCGACAUCAGCCCGACGACCGAAGAGGGAGAAGAUCUUUCGACCGCACCUCGGAGAAUGAACUUGGCCGGGGCGAGAUUCAUGAAAACUUCCGACAUCGACCUAACAACCGAAGAAGACGAAGAUCUUUCGGCCGCACCUCGGAGAGUGAUCCUAUAGAGGGCGAGAAUCCGGAAAAUACACGACGUCGACCCGACAACAGAAGAAGGCGGAGAUCCUACGAUAACACCACAGAGACUGAACCUGGAAGAAGCAAACCUCUAGUAAACCGUAGACGUUCUGAAUCUGAUAACAGAGAUCACGUCGAGUCUGAAUGCGCAGAUGAAUAUUACACACAAGAGAAAGUUGGAUUGUCAACGGAACCGUCCACAGGUACGCCGUAACAACUGUUAACAAAUUAAGCCAAUCGCCUUCACCCCUCCCCUCCCCUCCCCGAUUCUUUCAAUCAACUGGGUGGGGAUUGCACGUGGUCAAUCAAUUCGUAACUUUAUGGGUCGAAAUGAAUACCGUAAAAUUCGGAACAUAAGCCCUUCCAUGUAUAAGCCCCUCCAAAUAUAAGUCCCCCAAACUCGUAACGCAAAAAAACCCCCGUUAAAUCGCCCCUCCAAAUGUAAGCCCCCCGGGGGGCUUGUACUUGGAAAUUGCCCUCAAAUACAAAGUAAAACAAAGCAAAAACGGUAAAUUUACUUCAAACUACAGGGCUAGCCCAAUCGAGUUUGAAACGUAAAUGUCCCUCCGAAGAUAAGCCCUUCCGAAUAUAAGCCCCUCAAAAAGGGUCUUUGAAAAAUAUAAGCCCCGAGUCUUAUUUUCGGAAUUUUACGGUAUUUGCUCAAUGUCCCGAAAGUAUCUCGUAUUUCCUGGAAAAAUUUCUCGUGUUUCUUGUUUCUUUCCCCCCGAACAGCCCUUGUUAGAGCUGUCCCCCCCCCCCCCCGUAAUAAUUUUUCUUAUUUGCUCAUUUCCCUAAGUUCGUUCAUAAAUUAACGAGGUUCAUAUUUUCUAGAAAAAAAGGAAAGACUGGUUUUAUAUUGCUGGGAAGUAUAUUGUUUAUAGACAAUUAGUAUGUAAACGGGCCCCUCCCCUGUAACCGCCACUCCUAGCGUGCGAGAAUGCUCUUCAUUUGGGGGAUCACGCGCGAGCAGCACGCAGAUAAGGCGCGCGAGGCUAGACGUUGACGUAACCACGCACAACAAACACGAUCAAGGAGGACUUCCUUGUUUUCUUUCUUUCUUUCUUUCCUUUUAGUUUUUAUAUAUACCCUUUUUUGUUAGCACAAUAACAUGAUUUGCAGGACACAAAUGUUUUCUAGGUCACGGGGAAUACAAGGAAUUUUUGGUACGUUAUCCAACAAACGGAAAAAGUCGCCGACGGUUUUAAAAUGCACAGUCGUUCCCUGAAGGAAGGGGUAGUGUCAUAGCCAACUCUCUUCGCAAUUGAUUGAGCCAGAAACACACACUAAAAGGAAAAGGGCCUUGUGCGUUUGAUUUUUCCAAAGCGCAUUCCGAAUGACUUUGUGAGUAACUUGUCCGGGCACGGACAUUCUUAUUGCCAACGCAGCUGUUUUAGUACAUCUUGUAAAGGAAAGAGUAUGUAAGCAAGGAUCUGUUGUAGAAGUUAUGAUUGUUAUAUCACUUGAUCUUUCACAUUGACACAUCGGGGUAAGGAGGCUUAAAUCGUAGCUUCUCUCGAAAGCGCUUGUCAGAGAAACACAAUUUUGCAUUAUCGCUGUAUCAACGAUUUUAUCUUUUUUGGCAGCUGUUUAUGACGCAGUGAUGAAUCCAACUGCAGAUGACGAAGUCUUCGAGAUUGCUUCAACUAUGGACGAACCGCACGUAGCAGAGGCGAUAGACACGAAUGGGGGACAAGAAACAUCUUCGGAAAGUCUACAGAGCCAAUUUAAGAUCGACCCGGCUGUGCGCGAGAGGCUACUAAACCCCAAAUACCCCGUGAUUGUUCCAGAUAGACCACUGGAACAUAUUAGUUACCGCGAUAAAAACUGGCGACCUGAAGAAAUCAGAGGCGCAAAUAAGUCGCUCGUGGGAGGUAUAUUCGGAAGUAAGUGGCGAAGAAAAAUGGAAAAGAAGGAACGUGAGCAGGAAAUGAAAGAACUUGCGGAAGAGGAGAAACGCAAAGCCGAGCUAAGGGAAUGGAGUGAUAACAUAUGCCCUACGUUUAUGGUCUGGGGCGUUUGCCAUCGAGGGGACAACUGUCCUCUUCGCCAUCCUUCUUAUCGAUACCUCGAACGACCACCGCGAAAGAAAGAGAGCUCUGAAUCUCGUCCGGAGAAACAAAAGCCGGAUCCAAAUUCUUACGCAGCUGUUCUUGGAAAAAGUCCCGAACCAAAGGAGUUUUUUAACGAAGCGGUGCUCCUAGCUGAAAGUAAAACAGAGGUAAAUAAGAUAUCGUUUGCUAACGUGCUUGUUAGCUCACAGAGAGACCGUGAAACGAGUAAGGGUCCUGUGCCGAAGACAAGUUAUGAAGAAGCUUGGCCAUCUCUUGGGUCGCCUGUGAAUGGGCAGGGUAAGGUACCCAGCAGGGCCCCUGCAAGUGGACCUAAGGCGUGGAGCACUCAGAAAGGACCCUGGAUCCUUAAGGAACAAAACAGUGAAACCAGUAACUUGCAGACUGUGAGCGACGCGGCCAUAGCUCAGGAACUGCAAGCUGAUGAGUACAUGCAGAUGGAACCGGAAGAAUAUGACGAUUAUUCUUACUAUCCAGAAGAGGACUAUGAUUACAACGAAGACAGUUACUACGAUCAAGAACCAGACAUUAAUGACGACGAAGAAAAUCAAAGAGCGUUUAUAGACUCUCGUCACCAAACGAAAGUUCUUGAGCUGGAGGAGUUUAAUUCGCGGCUGCCCACGAGCCCAGUUAUAACAGAACAGGACUCAACGUCUCCUAGAGAAUCCAUCCCACUGCAGGUACAAGACAGCCCUUGUGACAUCUGUAUGGACAGAGCAAAGGAUGCUACC